AUGGUCCUAGUCUCGAACGAUCCUAGUUGGUGGCCAGUCAUUAAUGCGAACCUUAUUGGCAGCUAUUUUUCAGUUGCCGCCUCUGCUGCGGUAACAUACGAUUGGGGACUUACGUUCGGACAAGAGGUGGAACUAAUCUGGACACGAUACCUUGGAAUAGGAUUUAUUAUGCUCAACAUGUCAAGCGGCGUUCCAACAAUUUGGACGACAGAUGCAGGUUGCCUUAUCUUAUACAACACACUUAAUUGGAUGGGUGAGGUUGUAGAAAUAUCACUGGGUGUCAUCAUGAUCGUUCGGUUGCAUGCCAUGUAUCAGCGAUCUAGGAAGGUGCUGGUAUUCCUCGUUGUCACCUUUCUGGUCACCAAGAUCGCCAAUGUAGUGAUAGUCGCAAUAACGACGACGCAGCUUACAGGGGAGGAAUACAUUCUCUCCAGCACCUAUCUGUGUAACAUCGACUCUGGGAGCGAUUUUAACUUUCUGAGUCUCACGACUUGGAUACUUGACGUUGUAUGGGAGGUCCUUGUAAUGUGUCUCGCAGUCUGGAUUGCUGUGAAGCACUUCCGUGAACUGCGAAGACACUCAGCAGGAGGUAUUAUAGGGGACUGUUUCACGGUGUUAAUGCAAACUCACGUUAGUUACUUUGCAAGUCAUGCACGUGCUAGUUUUUUGGCUAUUUCUUGCUUUGAGAUCGCUUUAGUCUCUCCAACGCUCGGGAACGUAUAUUCCCUGGGCGCUCAGAUUUAUCUUGGUUUCGCUCAAAUCUUCCAGAUGGUGCAGAUGUCCGUGUUGGGACCACGCCUCAUCCUUGGCGUUCGAGAAUAUCACGCCAAGCUCGUGGCCGACUCCGAUACAGCAAGCGCUAUGAUUUCAAUCGCUUUCCAGGAACGUGUCCAUGUGGAAACUAGCAGUAGCGUAUAG